UUAAUGUUAUAGGAUAAAACUACUAUUAAACCAAUUUCUGCAUUUAAACUAAUAUGGGAUGCUUCUAUAUUCUGCUUAUUAUUAAUUAAUAUUUUUUACGCACCAUUCGAAUAAGCUUUUCUGUAAAGUUAAACAUAAAAGAAUAAUGAUGCAUUUUCAUUUUUUAUAAGCGAUUUACCUGGAUGGUUCUUUGUUAUUGUACGUUUUUAUUAAAUGUAAUACAGGAUUUUACAUCAAAGGUUAAUUAGUAAUGGAUAAAAGCCGGAUUUUAUAAAAUUAUUAUAAAUAAUAUUUUCUAACUGAUAUAAUUGUUUUAAUUCCAUUUAUAAUAUCUUUGUAUCAACAAACUCCUUAUUUAAAAAGUAUAUUGAUUUUAAGGACUAAUCGAUUUAUUUAAAUUAGUGCUAAUUUUGAAGAAUUGUUUAACUUUUCUUAAAAAAAGAACGCAAUAUUGUAAUUAUUAAAGUUGGUUUUUACAAUUAUAUUUAUAUCACAUUUUUGCGCUUGCAUUUAUUUCUUUGUUGGUAUUUAAUAGGCUUCUAAUAAAAGUUGGGUAAUUAAAUAUGAAUUACAGAAUGCUACGAUUUUCGAAUAAUAUAUAACUUCUAUUUAUUGGGCUGUUGUGACUAUGAUUACUGUUGGAUAUGGAGAUUUUACACCUUAAACAUUAUAUGAAAAGAUAACUGUUAUUAUUAUUACGCUUUUCAGUUGUGGAGUUUUCGCUUAUUCUUUGAAUUCUAUCGGAUCUAUUGUUUAGGAAUUUACAAAAGAAAAAUAGGCUUUGAAAACUAAAAUGAAUACUCUGAUUUCUUAUAUGAAUAAAAGAGGAAUUUCAAGCGAAAAGUAAGUCUAAGUGAAAAAAUAUUUCGAUUAUUUACAUUAAGAAGAUUUAAAAUAUAAUGAAGGGAGCGAUAUUUUUCAUAAUGAAUUAAAAGGGUAACUCAAAAAUGAUAUUUUGGCCGAAAUUCAUUUAAAAUUGUUGAAUUAAAAUAAACUGUUUUAUUUAAAUUUUUCUUAAGAAUUUCUUUAAUAAUUGGCGUAUAAAAUGGAAGAAAAGAGAUUUCUUGGGGAUGAAGUUAUUAUUGAUAUUGGCGAGUAAUUUGAUUUUUUGUAUUUUCUAGUUAGAGGAAAUGUGAAAGUUAUAUUUAAAGGUGGAGAAGUAUUUGAGAUUAAUGAAAAAGGAAGUAUUUUUGAUGAAAUACAAUUUUUUAGUUAAAAAUAGAGCUAUUUAUAAUAUAAAAGUAAAGAAAUAGUAACUACUGCUUAUAUUUCAAUGCCUAAUUUUCUUUAGAUAAUAAAAAACUAUUCCAAGGAUUAUGAAAAAUAUAUGAUGAUGAAAGAAAAAAUUACUCUGUAUCAAAAUUAUAAAAACCUCGGACAUAAAUGUCAAUUAUGUAAAAGCUAUAGACAUAUAUUACUUAAUUGUUUUUUUGUAAAUCCUAUUUUUUAGAGAAGGAAAAUAUUAUAUAAAUAUAAUAAGGAAGAUUAUUAAUAAAGAGAUGAGAAAUAUAUAAGAAAGUCUAUGAAAUUAAAGAAUUAAAAAAAAUAAAGAAAAGAUAUAAAAGAAAGUAUAAUUUAAUAUAUAAUAGAGUAUAAUCCUUUAUAAUAAGAUGUAGAAUAAAUACUUGAAAUUGUUUAAAGUAAUAUAGAAUAUGAUAUAUAGGAGAAUCGCAUUCGCAGAAAUACAGAUUAGAGUGAAAUUAAUAAUAUAAAUGUAGAUGAUUUGAAUAUUCAUGAAAUGGAAAGUGAAGAUAAAUAAAAUUUAAAUAAAAUUAAAAAAUUUAAUUAUUAUUAAGGUUUUACUAAAAAAAAAACAAUUCGGAAUAAAAUAAUUCGUAUAAUAAUGAUAGUAAUUGUUAUGCUAAAAACAUUUUUAAUAAUAAUAAUUUAAAAAUAUAAAGUAAAUAGACUUAUGAUGUUUUAAAUGACUUUGAAAAAGGUUAGAAGUUUUAAUAUUAUUUUCCUGAGUAUAAUUUGGAAAAUGUUAUUGCUAAAUAUUCAAGAAGUGUUAAAAUUAAUAUUAAUUAAUUAAGAAGAUAAAAAUAAGAGAAACUUAAUAUUUUAAAAAAUAAUAUGUUUUAAAAAAGUAAAUGGUUUGGCUUCUAAAAAAAAAAAACUACACUGA